AGUAUUGCUCUCGUUUACAAUUUUGAAUCACACAGUUAUUUAAGCGAUGUGGUGGCUUUAUUCUGUAAUAAUUGGUCACUAAGUUUUAAGUAUUUCAUAAUCACCAACCCACAAACAUCGUUAAAAAAAUGUCCAACAAAAUUUGUUGGUCCUACUCUCGCCUGCAUCUUUGGAAUUCAGUUCCGUCAACUGCGCAAGUGCGAUCGCUUCUGGUAUGAGAACCAGAAUCCCGAAGUCAAGUUUACCGAGGCUCAGCUGGCUGAGAUUCGCAAGGUCACACUGGCGAAGAUUGUGUGCGAGAAUCUAGACAACCCGGCGACAUGCCAGAUCGGUAGCCGCAAUGUGCGCGUUGGCGAAUCUGCUUUCCCAUCACCAUGCACCAGCUGUGUCUGCUCCGCCGAAGGCGCCCAAUGUGCUUCGCUGCGUAUCACCGACUGCGGUCAACUGAUCCGCCAGUGGCCCAAGGAGACUAUUCUCCGUGAUGAGGUUUGCAACUCGCAGUGCGGCAUCUAUUUGACUGGCCAGCAGGCUACAGGAUUCAGUCCCCAGCAACGACAGGGUCAUGCCCAGUCACGUGUCACCCGGUCCCGCAAUCAGAAUCUGUUCAAGUUCCCCGACUUGACACCGUUCAUUGCAUCCUUGUAAACCGCAAAAGAGAUGAAAGAGAAAGCAGGCUUUCGUAUCGUAAACACAAUGUUGUAAAUAACUUGUACGUUCUUUACAUUAGUUUUCUACUUAUUUUGUUCGCUUACCUGAAGACUAAUUCAAUGCAUCUAAAACUAUUCAAAACAAAAACACAGGAUACACGAUAUGAUCCCCUCCCAGAAUCAAAUAGUCCUCGUUCUUGUUUGGACUUUACUCAAAAUUAUGAUGUAAUGCGACAACUUAUUACUUAAUUAGCAUUUUUAUCGAUAUUUGUAUUGUAUGUAAUGUAUUUUUUUACUUAAACCAUAUAAAUGUACAAUAAAUACAUGUCAAUUAUAUGUA